GAUGCGCAGGGCCGGAGGGCCGCCUUGCUGGCAGAAGAUGUCUUCGUCUUUGUGCAGGCUAACCGUGAGGCGUUGGACGCCGCUGUGGACUACUCCAGGGAUCUGGGCUACGACUACUUCGGCUUCAAGACCCUGGAGAAGUCGUAUCUGCUGCGGGUGAAUGACAAGAUUGUGGAGCGCCCACAGCACAUGAUCAUGCGCGUGGCUUGCGGAAUACAUUGUGACUUGGAGUCUGUCUUGGAGUCUUACGACCUCAUGUCCAGAAAGCUCUUCACCCAUGCCUCCCCAACUCUCUUUAACGCCGGGACUCCUCAGCCCCAGAUGUCUUCGUGCUUCCUGCUGAAGAUGAAGGACGACAGCAUCGAGGGCAUCUACGACACGCUGAAGCAGUGCGCCAUGAUCUCCAAGUCCGCCGGAGGCAUUGGCGUGGCGGUCUCCAACAUCCGUGCCAGCGGCUCCUAUGUGCGCGGCACCAACGGCAAGAGCAACGGCCUGGUGCCCAUGCUGCGAAAUUUCAACGAAACGGCCCGAUUUGUGGGUCAGGGCGGCGGCAAGCGCAAGGGCGCUUUCGCCAUGUAUCUGGAGCCAUGGCAUGCGGACGUUUUUGACUUCAUCGAGCUGCGCAAGAAUCAUGGCAAGGAGCAGCAACGUGCACGGGAUCUUUUCUUGGGACUCUGGGUGCCGAAUCUCUUCAUGCAGCGGGUCAAGGGCAAUCAGGACUGGACUUUGUUCUGCCCCAACGAGGCCUUUGAUCAGGAGACCGGCAAGGGCUUGAUGGACGUCUGGGGCGAGGACUUUGAGAAGAUGUACACCAGGCUGGAAGCGGAGGGCAAGGGCCGGAAGACCAUCAAGGAUCAGGCCAACCGGAAAUCCAACCAGCAGAACCUGGGCACCAUCCAUUGCUCCAACCUGUGCACGGAAAUCAUCGAGUACACCUCGGCGGACGAGGUGGCCGUGUGCAACUUGGCCUCCAUCGCCUUGCCCUCCUUCGCCUCAGACGGCCAGCCCUACGACUUCCAGAAGUUGUAUGAGGUGACGAAGGUCGUGACUCGCAACCUCAACAAGGUCAUCGACCGGAAUUACUAUCCCGUCGUGGAAGCUCGCCGGUCCAACAUGCGGCAUCGGCCAGUGGGCUUGGGUGUGCAAGGCUUUGCGGAUGCCCUCCUCAUGAUGAAGCUGCCGUUUGAGAGCGAGGCGGCCAAGCGACUCAACCAGGACAUCUUCGAGACCAUCUACUUCGCGGCCUGCGAGGCCUCCUGCGAGCUGGCGGAGGUCCAGGGGCCCUACGAGACCUAUGAGGGCAGCCCGGCCAGCCAGGGCCGGCUGCAGUUCGACCUGUGGGGCGUGGAGCCCAGCGCGCGCUGGGACUGGGCCGGCCUCAAGGCGCGCAUCGCGCGCAGCGGCCUGCGGAACUCCCUGCUGGUGGCGCCCAUGCCCACGGCCAGCACCGCCCAGAUCCUGGGGAACAACGAGUCCUUCGAGCCCUACACCCAGAACCUCUACGUGCGCCGGGUGCUCUCCGGGGAGUUCGUGCAGGUGAACCGCCACCUGCUGCGGGACCUCAUCCAGCGAGGUCUGUGGAGUGAGGAGCUGCGGGUCCAGUUGAUUCGGCACAACGGCAGCGUCCAGGCCCUUGACAUCCCAGACGACCUAAAGGAGCUAUACAAGACUGUUUGGGAGAUCAAGCAAAGAGUUGUCGUGGAUAUGGCAGCAGACCGCGGUGCCUUCAUUGACCAGUCCCAGUCCCUGAACAUCCACAUGGUAGAUGCCAACACUGCGAAGCUGUCCUCAAUGCACUUUCACGGAUGGCAAAGGGGGCUGAAGACCGGCAUGUAUUAUCUUCGCACCAAGGCGGCUGCGGAUGCCAUCAAGUUCACUGUAGAGGUGCCGGAUCGCGAGUCGGAGCCGAAUUCUCAGAGCGCAACGUGCCUUGGCUGCAGCGCCUGA